GUCGUCCGUAGAAAUGGAUUUUCGUCGUGCAUGCGAAUACUUUAAAAUUGAGAAUUUAAACGACUUUCAGAGUAAAAGUAUCUCAAAUCUCUUAAAUGGGCGCGAUGUCUUUUUAAGCACUCGGACAGGUGGAGGGAAAAGCUUGGUGUAUCAGAUUUAUCAAUUUAUCAAAAGAGAACAGUGCACUGGCUGUCAAGUUGUUGUCGUUACUCCACUUUUGUCAAUAAUGAAAGAACAAUGUGAAUACCUGACUUCCCUCGGAUUCAAAGCUACGUUUAUCGGACGAGAUCCUAAUGAAGAAUCAGAUAUUUUAUCUGGGAUGCAUGACUUUAUUUAUUCUUCCCCGGAGAGUCUUCUUGGCGUUCAAAAGUGGAGGGACAUGAUGGCGAACAGUACUUCCAUUAAACUUAUUGUUGUGGAUGAGGCUCAUACAAUAAUACAAUGGGGAGAGGCAGACAGUGAGCAGGAGAAGGAGCCAUUUCGCGAGUGGUUUGGGAAGUUAGGAGAAGUUCGUUCUUUGGUCGAGUGUCCCAUCUUAUUAAUCACUGCCACGGCAAAUAAAGCUGCUCGAACUAAAGUGAAACAACUAUUUUGUUUGCAAAAAUGUUUUGAAAUUGUUGACAGUCCAGAUCGUCUAAAUAUCAAAUUAUUCUGUCAUAGGUAUACGGGAAGCUUGCCUCUUAGUUUAGUGUUCAAGUAUUUGGUAACUUCAAUCAAAGACAAGAAAGAAAAAAGUGAAAGAUACCUUAUAUUUUGUACAUCCAUAAAAAAUUGCACUGAUGUGUAUACAAUGUUAAGAAUGGAACUGGAUAAAGACAUAAACUAUGUGCAUAUGUAUCAUUCCCAGACUGCAGAAAAUGUCAAGGAGGUUAUAAAAAAAGACAUGGGACAUGAUGAUGGCUUGAUUAGACUGUUAGUGGCAACUAGUGCUGCUGGCAUGGGCGUUAAUUUUAAAGGGGUAAAUCAAGUAAUAAACUAUGGGGUUCCGAAGAACAUGGAUACUUUUGUUCAGCAGUUGGGAAGGGCAGGUAGAGAUGGAACUCAGGCUAUGGCACUUUUAUUAUAUUGUGGCAGACAGUGUAAAGGUAUUGAUAGUGAUAUGAAGAAUUACAUAAGUGAUGAUUCAAAAUGUCGCAGGAAUUUGUUAUUGAGUGCAUAUAAUACUGAUGUUAAUAAGGGCCUGCUAAAGCACUUGUGUUGUGAUAUUUGUGAACAACAAUGUGAUUGUGGUAGUCCGGACUGUAAAUUGUACGCCCAUCCUGUUGUUCAAGCUUUGACAGAGGACAUAUCUGAUGUUGAAACAAGCUCUUCUAGUUCAGAAAGUUCCAACAGCUUUAGUGAUUUUAGUUAAUGGAAUGGAUAUUAUUUGUAGACAUUUAGGCAUUACAUUUGUUCAUUUUAAUCCGUUUUCGGCAAUAAUAUGUGAUUAAUCAGGUAUGUCACCUGACAUAUACAAUGUACUGUAGCAACCUUAACACAUUUUAAUUGUUUUGGUACAUUUUCAUAUUAUUUUUGUUUGAAAGAAUAAAAUACUUUUUAUCAAUACACACUUGUUCAUAGAAGCAUCCAUUUGGAAUAACUGUACUGAUGAUAUUUUAAGUGGUUUAAUUUAAAAUAUUCACCCAAGAACAAAAAAAAAACAAUAUUUUACAUCAUGUUGUUUAGGUUUAAAAAAAAAAAAUUAUUCAAAAAGGUAAUUUGCCAAUUUUAUCUUUAAAUUGGUCAUAAAAUGAUGAAAAUUCCCUGUAAUUAUGAUAUCAAGCUUUCUGAAAGAUUUCUUUGUAAGAUACCAAUUGUGAUAUUCAGAAGCAGUGAAAUAAAAUUCCCAAGUGUAUGCUGGGAUACUUUAAUUCAUGUAACUUAUUAUUAAGCUUUAUAUACACACAUACUUCAUAGCACAUAGUUGUUAAUUUGUUUAUCAGGUCCAGGGGACGGUUUCAACAAACAUUGUACGACAAAUUUAGAAUACUAUUCAUAAUAUAAAAAAAACAUUAUUGCAAAACACCAAGGCAUAUUAUUAUUUUGCCGUCGGAAUAUGUUUUGUGUGGAUAUUUAUCAUCAUCUUGUAUAUUUCACUCUUCAAAUUUUAGUCGUAAAUUAAGAUUGUCGUACGAUCUUUGCUGGAACGACCCCCAGUGUUUAAUAAGCUCCUUCUGGAAUAAUUAUCAAUAUGCAUUAUAAGCUGCCUUAUUAUUAAGAACAAGUUACUGUAUUACUUUUUGUAUAACCAACUUUUAAAUAUUUGCUAUUUUCGCACUUUUCAAAGAAUUCUGCGUUUACUUGUUUAAUUGUGUUUGUUCAACAUGUACUUCAAACAAUAAAACCCAAAAUACAAAUAUUAA